ACAGACUAUACCGCACCUCCCACGCCAUAACAGAACCUUUUCAAUCCUUUUCAACCCCAAUCCUGCAACCAUGGCUCGUCAGUUCUUCGUCGGCGGCAACUUCAAGAUGAAUGGCAGCAUUGCCAAAAUCAAGGAAUUGGUUGCCCACCUCAACGAUGCAAAGCUCGAUUCCAACACCGAAGUUGUCAUCGCACCACCAUCUCUCUACCUGCUCCUCACCCGCGAGCACCUCCGCAAAGGAAUCGAAGUCGCAGCUCAGAACGUCUUCGACAGGCCAAACGGAGCCUUCACAGGAGAGAUCUCUGUCGAGCAAUUGAAGGACUCAAACAUCACAUGGACCAUCCUCGGUCACUCCGAGCGUCGUGCCAUCCUCCAAGAAUCAGACCAAUUCGUUGCCAGCAAGACCAAGUUCGCUCUGGACGGCGGCAUCGGUGUCAUUCUCUGCUGUGGUGAGACGCUGGAGCAAAGAGAAUCGAACAAGACUAUGGAUGUGGUCCUUGCACAGCUGAAGGCUGUCGCAGACCAGGUCAAGGACUGGAGCAAGGUGGUCGUUGCGUAUGAGCCAGUCUGGGCUAUUGGUACUGGCAAGGUUGCGACCACUGAGCAGGCUCAAGAGGUGCAUGCUGGUAUCAGACAGUGGAUCGGAAAAGAGCUUGGACAAAAGGCCGCGGACGAGACGAGAAUCAUCUACGGCGGCUCUGUGUCGGAGAAGAACUGCAAGGACUUGGCCAAAGAGAAGGAUAUUGAUGGAUUCUUGGUUGGAGGUGCUUCGUUGAAGCCUGCGUUCGUGGAUAUCAUCAACGCCAACCAAUAAACUUGAUGAAUGAAAAAGUCCCGCGCCGAAAUUUGUUGUAGAAGAUCGAGGGUCAAUAGCAAGGCGUUGAGGAGGGUAUUGGACAGCACAAGAGAUGUAGCUGGAAUUGGGAAAGGUAGACGGGUAUGAAGCUCACAUGUACCUUCAUUCUGUCAGGUCGCAAACUAUGACAACCUCACAAUGCAGCCUCGAAUAAUAUAGUCGACCGUGUCUUCAGGUAUAUGGUCAGUAGGCAGUCUCCCAAGACAGCAAACUCCGAUGGUCGGCCCGGCCUUGGCAUUUUGCUUCGAGUAGCGGC